AUGGUGAUUGCUUACUGCGGGGCCCUGGCUUCCUUCCCGGACUACUGGUGGACCUGCACGCUGUGCUUCGGCCUGCCUUUCUCGUACAUCGCCAUUCAGAAGAAGCUGCGCUGCAUUAUGAUGUGUUUGUUUGUGGCGUACUUGCGGCGGCGAAGCGUAAGCAUCUACAUCGACCACGAUGUCAUGCACGGGGCCACGUUCCCGGUCUAUGAGUGGCAGCGCUUCCUCACCCACCCGUUUGCAGAUUUCUUCAGUUUGCCUUGGGAGGAGUUCGUCCUGGAGCACAACAGGCAUCACGCGUCCACGGUGGACUUGCUGAUCCAGGGCGAGUUCGGCUGGGAUCCCGAGGAGUUCCACUAUGCUCUGCAGCAGUGGGCCGGGCCGUGGGGCUCCAACUGGUACAAGUACCUCCUGACC